CUUCAUUUCCGUCACGCCCGCAAUCGAGUCCGGAGCUUCUGGUAACAAAACAACGCUACCCAUGUCACAAUUUUGUACCAUCAGUCUUGAUUGUUCCACGAAUACAAACAAACAAACAUGCACUUCUACUUGAAAACACUGUGUUGAGACAGGUGGUUUAAAAAUGUGAUGUGCCCAGCGUUGAUUGUUACCAGCAGAUCCAGACUCCCCGCAACCCAAUCAAUUCUCCCUUUUGUAAGCAAAAACCGUGGAGGAUGGAUCAGAGAGAGAAGAGAGAGAGAGAGAGGAUAUGUUGAUAAUUGGGAACAGGGCAAAGAAGCAGUCGAAAUGUAACCAUUCACUUUGGGACGAAGAAAGAAAAGAGAGAGGAGAACAAACAACAACGAGACAGCAGCUUCAGCCCUGUCCCCAUGACUGAUCUUCCUUGCUUCCACAUUCAUCCAAGUCUAGAAACUCUUUUACAGCUACACAACCGAAACCUUGAAUCCACCCUCAGAAUCUUGGUUUUCUUCUGCCCAUCAAAUUCUGUUUCUUCCUUCGUUGCGCAAAGAAGCUUCCAGCUCACAUUUUAAAUUGUCUGCUGGUUGCAAACGCAUUUGCCUUUGUUUGAUUCUCUUUUUAUCCUCGUCCGUUGGGGGUGAUGGGGAGGGAUGCUCCCUCGGACAUUGAAAGUAAGGCGCAACCCAGACGAUGCGAUAGGCCGAUGACAUCCUCAGUGCUUCCGUAUUCUAACAGAGAGUUUCGGCCUUUUCGGAAAUGGUUCCCUUGGUUGAUACCUUCGUUUGUUGUUGUAAAUGUUGUUGUGUUUGUGAUCACCAUGGGCAUUAACAAUUGCCCCAAGAACUCUGUCUCUUGUUUAGCUCCGUUCCUGGGAAGAUUCUCUUUUCAGCCCUUCAAGGAGAAUCCACUUUUGGGUCCUUCUUCAUCCACGCUACAGAAGAUGGGGGCUCUAGACGUGAGUAAAGUGGUCCAUGAACACCAGGCAUGGCGCCUUAUUACUUGCAUUUGGCUACAUGCUGGGGUUUUCCAUAUUCUUGCCAAUAUGUUGAGCCUUUUGUUUAUUGGAAUUCGGCUUGAGCAGGAAUUUGGAUUCGUGCGAAUUGGCUUGCUCUAUUUGAUUUCUGGGUUUGGUGGGAGUUUGUUGUCAGCUCUGUUUAUCCAAUCCAGCAUCUCUGUUGGUGCUUCUGGUGCACUUUUUGGAUUACUAGGAAGCAUGCUUUCAGAACUCAUCACAAAUUGGACAAUAUAUGUAAAUAAGUUUGCGGCAUUGUUAACCCUCAUCUUCAUUAUCAUAGCCAAUUUGGCAGUAGGAAUCCUCCCACAUGUGGACAACUUUGCCCAUAUUGGAGGAUUUUCUUCAGGUUUUCUUCUUGGAUUUGUGUUCCUGAUUCGACCUCAAUUUGGAUGGGCUAGCCAAAGAAGUAAUCCUCAAUAUUCUGCACCUUCAAUAAAACCUAAGCAUAAGAUAUAUCAGUAUGUACUGUGGAUCCUUUCUCUGAUCCUUCUAUUUGUUGGUUUCACUGUUGGCUUGGUUAUGCUUUUACGAGGGAUGAAUGUUAAUGACCACUGUUCCUGGUGCCAUUAUUUGACAUGCGUCCCUACUUCAAAAUGGAGCUGCAAGUCCGGGCAAAUGUACUGCAUGUCAAGACAAAACGGAGGACGGCUAAAUUUGACAUGCCAAAGCAACGGGAAAAGCCAAACUUAUCAACUUUUGAACCCAUCUGACUCGCAGAUCAGUACUCUAUGUGCUGAACUUUGUUCUUGACAUACACAUGCAUACAGUUGGUUUAAAGAGGCUAUGAGAAGGUUGGGGCUCGUUCUUUCAGGCUUUUACACGUAAAUGAUUCAUAUGUGCAAUAUUGUUAUUGUAUAUAUAUUCAGUGAAUAAAUACUCUUUCUUUCUGAGC